AUGGCUCCAAGGGCUGCCGUUCAACCGUCCCUCGACGUGGUGAGAGAUGUUCUCUUGCAGUCGAAGGGAUCCCCAAACCCGCCGAAUAUGGUCCCGGUCACUGCUUCGAUACCGGCAGACCUUCUGACUCCGACAGUCGCAUACCUCAAGAUCUCUGCCAACUCGAAGCGGUCGUUCCUCUAUGAGAGUGCGGCGACGACGGAGACAAUCGGGAGGUACAGCUUCGUCGGAGCUGAUCCCAAGAAGGUACUUCUAUCUGGUCCCGGCCAUGGCCCGGAAUGCGAUCCCUUGCCGCUCCUCGAGAAGGAAGUUUCACAGUACCGGGUUGCCACUGUUCCUGGACUGAAGCUGCCACCGCUUACUGGAGGCGCAAUUGGAUAUGUGGGAUAUGACUGCGUCAGAUACUUCGAACCGAAGACUGCACGCCCCAUGAAAGAUAUACUGGGCAUACCAGAGUCGCUAUUCAUGCUAUUCGAUACCAUCAUUGCAUUCGACCACUUCUUCCAGGUGAUCAAGGUCAUAACGUACAUGCAUGUACCUGAAGGUGAAGCAGAUAUAGAAGGACCCUACAAGGAAGCAGACGACUUGAUCCAGAAGACGAUCCAAACGCUUCUAGAUCCGAAGGUACCUCUUCCAUCACAGCCACCAAUCAAGCCGGACCAGGUCUAUACGUCGAAUAUUGGGCAAUCCGGUUACGAGAGCCACGUCCACAGACUAAAGGAGCACAUAGUCAAGGGCGACAUCUUCCAGACUGUUCCCUCCCAACGACUUGCGCGGCCGACCACACUUCACCCCUUCAACCUCUUCAGACAUCUACGAUCCGUGAACCCGUCUCCAUACCUAUUUUACAUUGACUGUGCCGAUUUCCAGAUCGUUGGGGCCAGUCCCGAACUUCUCGUCAAGGAGGAAGCAAGGAGAAUCAUCACCCAUCCGAUUGCCGGCACCGUUCCCCGAGGAAAGACGGCCGAGGAAGACGAAAGCCUGGCUGCAGAACUCCGCAGCAGUCUAAAGGACCGUGCCGAACACGUCAUGCUGGUUGACCUGGCCAGAAACGACGUGAACCGCGUAUGCGACCCGGCAACCACCCAGGUCGACCGACUCAUGGUAGUCGAGAAGUUCUCGCACGUUCAGCACCUGGUGUCUCAGGUGUCCGGCGUCCUGCGACCAGACAAGACUCGAUUCGAUGCGUUCCGGUCCAUAUUCCCUGCUGGGACGGUCAGUGGCGCACCCAAAGUGCGAGCCAUGCAGCUCAUCGCCGAGCUAGAGGGCGAGAAGCGUGGUGUCUACGCCGGCGCCGUCGGAUACUUUGGAUAUAACCGCACCAGCCUGGACGGGAAGGAUAUCGUCGACGGUGCCAUGGACACAUGCAUUGCGCUUAGAACGAUGGUGUUGAAGGACAACGUUGCCUAUCUACAGGCCGGCGGCGGGAUCGUCUUUGACUCUGAUCCUUAUGAUGAGUAUGUCGAGACUCUGAACAAGCUAGGCGCAAAUAUCCAGUGUAUAAAGGGGGCCGAGGAGCGAUAUCUGGCCAUGGAGAAGGAGGCCGCCACAUAG